GAGCUCCUGUCGCCCGCCGCGCCGCGCCGCGCCGGCUGUAAAGGGCGGAGAGCGGUCCGCUGCUCCCCGCCAUGUCCAGGCACGUUUUCCUGACGGGACCCCCAGGGAUUGGAAAGACUACUUUGAUCCAGAAAGUCACACAAGCACUAAAAUCCUCAGACGUUCCCAUUGAUGGAUUUUACACAGAGGAAGUUAAAGAAGGCGGCAGGAGAAGAGGAUUUGAUGUUGUCACUUUAUCUGGAAAACGAGGUCCUUUAUCUAGAGUUAGUUCUGAUUCUUCUACUUCAAGACGUGAAUGUCGUGUUGGACAAUACGUUGUAGAUGUUGCUUCAUUUGAGCAGUUGGUUCUGCCUGUGCUGAGAAAUGUAAACCAGGGCAGUGAUGCAAAGAAAAAGAUUUGCGUCAUAGAUGAGAUUGGUAAAAUGGAACUCUUCAGCCAGGCUUUUAUUCAAGCUGUUCGUCAGAUGCUGGCUGGCUCUGGGACCGUGGUACUUGGAACUAUUCCAAUACCUAAGGGAAAGCCACUGGAUCUUGUUGAAGAAAUAAGAAGUAGGAGAGAUGUUGAAGUGUUCACUGUCAGUAAGGAAAACAGGAACAACAUCUUGCAGGACAUCUUGGCAGCUGUGGAGUCAUGCAGAUGCCCUGGUGCUGGGAGCUUACAGGAAAGAGAAGAGACACUCUGCAUUUGGUUAACAGUCUGGUUCUGACAUUGUCCCUCUUUAGAUGGGAGAAGGGUUAAAGGACACAGUGGCCCUGUUCCUUGACAGCUCCAUUACACAGCUAUUCUGGUCACAUUAAUUUGGAUAACAGUACAGCUUUCACGUCUGGAAAAAAGAGAAUUCAGAGAUCCCCUCCUUUAGGAGUAUGGAGUUCUGGCCUGCUUUUCACAAUAAAAAGCUGUGUCUUCAAGGUCUUCAUAAUCCCCUCAUUAGUACAGGCAUCUGACUGUUGUCAGACAAAAAGGAUGAAGGGCUCCAAAUUCUGCCUGUACAGGACUUGCAACAAGAAAUGGAACUGUUGUGAAAGAAAUAUGUCUAGCUCCUGCCCCAGCAUUUACCAUUCAUUGCCUUUGGUAGCAGUGGCUGCUGCUCCUGCUUUCCUCUGUUAUUUACUGAACACAGUAUAAAGCUGGAGGCUCUUGGAAUAAUAAUCUACCCAGCCCAGAAUUUUUGAUGACAUAAAAUUAUUAAUUCUUUCAUGCCCUUGUUUAAUUUGCUGAACAAGGAGAGGAUACUGGCCACUGUGACUUUUAACAUACCGAUAUAUUCGAAAUGGAGUUACUGGAAGGGAACAAGAACUUCAUUCAGAAAGGAGAUGUUUAUGGAAGCCAUAAUCUAAAUUUAAUUUCUGGAAUGCAGGUAUCUAAACUAUGGAGCCUGGGAACUCCUGCAGUGGUUGCUUGGUGCUUUUUGUUGUCUGUUUGUUAAUUUUAAAUCCAAAGCAUUCUUAAGGCACCUUGUUAGAUGACUCAAGACAAAGCACUUUCUUAGGGCUGUGUGCCAUAGACUUUGGAGCAUAAGCCUCUCUGUUCUUACAUGCUGAACACCUGAUAAUUUCAGUGGAAUGAGUUAAGCUAUAAAGUAUGCUGUAGAAUAAUAUUUCUUUCAAUGAUUAAAUAGUUAGCAAAAUUUUCAGAAGUGUUAAAGAAGGUCUGACUUUUAAAUCUAAAAUGGAGAUAUUUGAUACUUAAGUGAAGGCUGGGAAGGGGAAUUUCUUCAGGAGUGAUGACAGCAGAGUUCAGAUUUCCAAACUGCAGUUCAGGCAGUAGUGUUAAGAGUUGCAUCACCUCGUGAUGUUUGUUCCUCAUAAGAGUAAGUAUAUUGCCCUGCUCACUGCAUUCCAUAAUUAGACUGGAAAAAAAAGAAUCUUCAGCUCUGCUAAGUUUUGAGCAGUGUGCUGAUGGGACCUUGUUUAGCGAGGGGAGUCAGUCACUGAAACAACUUACCCAAAAUGGAGGUGAAUUUUUCCUUCUCUGCUGUGAAUGAAACAUCAGCCUUUUAAACCAGAGGGUAUUUUUUGCCACUGCCAUUAGUGGCUCUUACUUUUUGCUGCCUGGCUCUAGAUUGGUGAGUCGUUGUGUUUUGUUUUUUUGUUGUUGUUGCUGUUCUUUAAAUCCAUCUUCUGAGCUACACAGUGCUUUUAAGAGAAAUAAAGGGAAAUUUUGUGAUCUGUGUUCAGCAGGAGAUCCUAAAUGGUUUCAGCAGUCAUUUCUGGCUUUUGUGUUCUGAGACAGUCCUAAAGAAAUGAUUUGCCUGUCCCAAAUACGCACUGAGAAAGCAGUAUUAGCAACUGAAGUUAGCUUCUGUGUUUACUUCAGAGAUAAAAAAUGUAUUCUCUGGUCUUACACUAGUAAAAUAUUUGGAAAGCCUUGACAGAACUGUAACAACAAACAGCAUUCACCAUUCCCCUGAUGGGCUAAUUUUACUAAUAGCACACAUUUGGUGAAAAUAACCUCUGAUGUAACAGCAAGAUUCCAGAUGACAAGAUUAGUGCACCUGCAGGUUUUAAUUGGUGCAAAAAAGAGGGGACUGUGAGGUACCAAUUAUUUUCUCAAAGCCUGAGAAUUGAGGACAUUUUUGGCAAGGAGGCUUGUAAUCCAACAUAAAUAGCACACAGUGUGGAAUAACAGGGCCUGUAUUAUUUAUCAUGCAUUAGACCAUUUCUGACUUGUAAUACUCUGAGAAGGCUGAAUGAGAGGUGAAUCUUCAACACUGGACUUACUGCAAAGUUAAUUAUAAGUAAGAUGUCUGUCUUGCAGAUUUCAGGUUGUACAAGAAGUAGUGAAAUGCUGUAAAUACCAGCUCCCAGUCCAGGGAGCAAUCUAAAAAUGGCAAUAAUUGGGUAGUUUAAAAUAAAAAAGCAUUGAUGA